GCUAACUACACGAUCUGUAGCCAAGCACCGUGAAGAAGAAGAAGACGGUUCAAAGGUCAAAGUGAGAUAGUUUCCGGAGGAGCUGGGGGGUCACACACGGGGGGAGACGAUUUCAAAAUGCUGUUACGUAGGGUAUUGCAAAUCGGAGGGUUGACACUGCAACACAGCCGGUCCAUCCACCACAGUCCUGUAUGGAGGAGUCCUCUUAUACCGAUGGUUGUGGAGCAGACGGGGAGAGGAGAACGAGCAUAUGACAUCUAUUCCCGCCUUCUGAGGGAGAGAAUAAUUUGUGUAAUGGGUCCUAUUGAUGAUACUGUUGCCAGUCUGGUUAUUGCCCAGCUGCUGUUUCUGCAGUCAGAAAGCAACAACAAACCCAUCCACAUGUACAUCAACAGUCCUGGCGGUGUGGUAACAGCAGGCCUGGCCAUCUACGACACCAUGCAGUACAUCCUUAAUCCCAUCUCCACCUGGUGUGUCGGCCAGGCUGCCAGCAUGGGCAGCCUGCUCCUGGCAGCAGGAACCAAUGGGAUGAGACAUUCACUGCCCAAUGCCCGGAUCAUGGUGCACCAGCCCUCAGGAGGUGCCAGGGGUCAGGCCACAGAUAUUGCCAUCCAGGCUGAAGAGAUCCUGAAACUGAAGAGACAGAUCAAUGCCAUCUAUGCCAAACACACGGGGCAGCUGCUGACAACCAUUGAGGGUGUGAUGGAAAGGGAUCGCUACAUGAGUCCAAUUGAGGCACAGGACUUCGGUAUAAUAGACCGGGUCCUGGUCCACCCGCCCCAGGCUGGCCAGGACGAGCCUGAGCUGGUGCAAAAAGAGCCAGCAGCCACUGCAGCCAGUUCCACUCCAGCUCCAGAGUCUCAUGAUUCGGAGCAGGCCCCCCCAGGGACCAACCUCCCCUCCUCAUACAAACCUGAGCCGUGAACCCACCGUGGCAGAGCUGUCUCACUUCUGCAAGCACUUCUUCAGGAUUCAGUGGCUGACAGCUCCCGAGAGCAAAGCCCCUCCUCCAUGGUCGUCUUAAGUAGCUACUCUCUCCCCCCACAGUAACAACACUAUGCAGUAUGCACAUGUGGUAACACCAUGCUGGCUUAAACUAUCAGGAGGCAACCUACCUUUUACAUGGAGUGAAUUCAUUGUUGGACAGUUUUGUUAUUAACUGUUUGACAUGUUGAUAUAUGUGGUCUAUGAAAUAAGUCAAAUUUAGUUACUAUUAUAAGUAGUAAUGCAUAAUUAUUUGUUCCCCCACAUUAUGUGACAGUGCACCUGUGGAUUGAGCCUGGUGUCAUUGUACUCUGUGCAGUGGCAAAGGAAUCUAUCCACAUGCAAGUUGAUUAUGACUCAACGCUGAGGGAAAGUAGAAAGAGAUGGAGAUACUCCACUCUGGGUUUGUUGGGGGAAGAGGAAGGCUGUUACGAAUCUGGAGUCUCCUUUUCCUGUACCGCUUAGCUGCAGACAUGCCCAGCGGUGUGCAGGAACUUGUAUUACCUGUAUUUGAAUAUUCAUAUUUGUAAUAAAUGAUUAUUUUGACCACAA